AUGGGGAGUCAAGCAUCAAGAAAUUUGUCAAUCGUAUGUAUCGUAAAAAUGAAGUCAGAAAAUGGUCCCACAAUCCCGUUCAGUUCUGAUACGCUUGUAUCAAUGCUUUCUCACAAUCUAGCAGUAAAUUUAAAACCCCAUCAAGUUUUAGAGCUCAUCAAAAAGCUGUCCGCUAAUUUAACUAGUCAGCAGAAAAUAAAUUUACUCGAACAUCUCCUGGGUUUAACUUCUAUUGGACAUUUUGAAAGCUUACGCUUAGCAACGCAUCUCCAUUCAUCCUGUCAACGUAUGCCCGAUUGUUGUGACUUUGUCACUUGGUUACCAGCGGAAUUAACUUUACGAAUUUUCUCAUAUCUAUCAUGGAAAUCUUUGACAGCAUGUUCAGAAGUCAAUAAAAGUUGGCUAAAAUACGCUCGACAUCCUGAUUUAUAUCGACACUUUUGUAUGCUACCAAAAUGGUCCUCACCUAUUCUAAGAAAACCACAAUUAUUCAAUUGUAUAACAAAAUCCAAUGAAUAUAAUUAUCGUGUAGAAGAGAAAAAUUUACAAAAUUCAAAUAAUUUUAUAAGCAACGAUUUAAAUAUUAAUUGGUUAAAUGUAUUCAAGAAACGUGUGUGUCUAAGACGUAAUUUCCGUUUGGGCAAACAUAGAAUACGUAAAUUUAAUGGACAUAGUGGAGCCGUUUAUUGUAUUGAUUGCGAUGCUUAUCGCAUUGUUAGUGGAUCAGCUGACGCAACAAUACGCGUAUGGAAUAUUCGUACAAAUGCAAAAUGGUCUGUUCAAACACUUCGUGGACAUUCAGAUGCUGUUCGUUGUGUACAGUUAUUAUCCUUACCUCAUUAUCAACCAAAUAAUAAUAACAAUAUCGAUGGUUAUUGUUCCUCUCCUCCUGUACAUUGUAUUCACGAGUCAAUUGCAUCAAUACCAUGUUCUUUAUGUAAAUUAGAUACAACUGUUACAUAUCCUAAUUGUUGGGAACCACCUGAAGUACUAUUAAUAUCUGGUAGUGCAGAUACUACUUUAAAAUUGUGGCGUCUUUCUGCAACAUCUAAUUGGUCACGUAUUGCAUGCACAUGUACAUUGCAAGGUCAUACUGACACUGUAAGAUGUGUACAGGCUGAUCAUGAAAAAGUUAUCAGCGGUUCAUAUGAUUGUACGAUACGGUUAUGGAGUAUAAUCAGUGGUCAAAUGAAAAGGAUUUUCCGCGGUCACUCAGCUGGUAUAACGUGUUUAGUGUACAGUGGUAAUUUUUUAUAUUCUGGAUCUUUAGAUAAUACAGUUCGGAUAUGGAAUAUCUCAACUGGUGUAUGUUAUCAUACGCUUAUUCGACCAAUUUAUAGAAAUAAUUUGACAGAAACAGCUAUAUUUUCUUCAUCAGUUUCAUGUUUACACUUGGAUUAUUCACAGAAUAGACUUGUUGUAGCUUAUCAUGAUGGUACAGUAUUGGCAAAACAUUUAUCAGCAUCUAAUCCAUUGAUAAAUGGUCAUAACCAUGACAUCAGCCUUACAAAUACUGCUAAUAAUAACAACAACAAUAGUAUGACGUGGGCAUUUUAUCCCAGUACGAUAUAUUUAGAUGAGUAUUUAUAUAAAACUGAUUAUAAAUCAGGCAGUUUAAUACGUUGUUUAACUGGUGAUGCAUGGCAUAUAAUAUGUGGUUCCGAUGAUAAAUCCAUUAAGGUUUGGCAAGUAGGUGAUAAUAAAUUUGUCCAUAGUUUACAAGAACAUGAAGAUGGUGUAACAUGUGCUGUGAUAUCAGGUUCCGUGAUUAUUUCUGGUUCUUAUGAUAAAACUGUCAUACUUUAUGAUUUCGAUGUGAUUUAA